AUGGGAGACUCCGACGCGACAAGCCAGAAUGGCGCAGCGAACGCCAAUGUCAAGAAACAUAUCUUGCUCAAUGCGUUUGACAUGUCAACUGUGGGGCACUUGUCUCCAGGACAGUGGAGGAACCCCAAAGACAAGUCGGCAACGAAGCGAACACUGGAAUAUUGGAUAGAGUUGGCUAAGCUGUUGGAGCGCGGAGGAAUCAAUGCGCUGUUCUUGGCAGACACGACCGGCGGCCACGAUACUUAUGAAGGAAAGCUAGAUGAGUGUAUUCGGCGGGCGGCCCAGUGGCCAGUCACAGAUCCAACUAUUGUAAGUAUUAUUGGAAAGCCCUCGGGAUCUUCUUACCUGACUCUUUAG